AUGAAAGUAUUAAUUGUCUUUGCUCAUCCAGAACGCCAUUCCUUAAACGGUGCCUUACUAGACACCGCUGUCAAGCACUUCGAGGACAAAGGUGAUGAAGUUAAGGUGUCAGAUUUGUAUGCCAUGAAUUGGAAAUCAGAACUAUCUAGAGAAGACUUUCCACAAUACCCAAAGGAUAAGAAAUUGAAUCUUAUGGCAGCUGGCGCGGAGGCAUUUUAUUCGGAAACCAUUACUUCAGAUGUCAUUGCUGAACAAGAAAAAAUGAAAUGGGCUGACCUGGUGGUUUUACAGUUCCCCAUGUGGUGGUUUUCUAUGCCCGCUAUUAUGAAAGGUUGGGUGGAUAGAGUCUUUGCCUUUGGGUUUGGUUUCGGAUUAGGUGAAUACAACGACAAACAUUUUGGUGAUCGUUACGGUGAGGGUAUCAUGGAGGGUAAAAAAGCAAUGUUAAUGGUGACUACAGGUGGUUGGGAAUCUCAUUAUAGCAACAGAGGUAUUAAUGGAACCAUGGAUGAAAUUUUGCACCAUAUUCAGCAUGGUAUCUUAUUCUAUGUUGGGUUUGAUAUCUUACCACCGUUUGUUCUUUAUGGAACCAUGAGCCUCAAGGAAGGGAAGGAACUUGAUGCAACUGCUAAAAGAUUAUGUGAUCAAUUAGAUAAUGUUCAAAGUGUUAAACCAAUUAAUUAUAGAAAGCAAAAUUUUGGUGAUUACGACAUUCCAAGUUUAGUUUUAAAAGAAGGUCGCGAGCAACCAGGUGAGACAGGUUUCCAGAUGCAUAUCAAUAAGGACAAUGAAGAAACCUCACUAUAG